CAUGCGCGUUCGACAACAUCGGACGUUGAGUCCCAUGACUUUUCCCAUCUCAUGUCAAAUUACAGGACUUUUUUGUUUGGAGUUUUGCUGAGCCGUUAGUCCUUGAAAUUCGUUAUAUUGGUCUCCAAUCCUUCCUAGUUCCAAACCUUGAUUGAGCCAACGGUGUUGCUCCGUUUAGGGCCCAUGUGUCCCCACGGAGACUAUUCACCGGGGAAUCUUUUAGCAACAAACUGGAGGGCUCAAGUGGCCGGCUGUUUGCCACAUAAAGCCCACAACUUGCAGACAAUUCUAACGCCGGAGAACUUAUCGGGUGCGCAAGGGGCCAGCUACCGAAUGCUCCUGCUUGGUUCGCUACCCAGUAAGAGCUCUGACACGACAGCGCUUACGGCAUGCCGUGGCCUUUCCCACAUGGCUCAGAAACAGCCAACACUUCAGCUGUGUGACUGGAUGAAUAAAAAUUUCCAUAUCACAGCGACAUAUAUUUCCGUUGAAUUCCCAUGGAACGGACUAUUGGGAUUGUGUACGAAGGGAAUUUUAGACGACGACCCAUCGUUCCCCCUUUCCGGGAAACUGUCCGACGAUACCGCCUUGUCUGGCCCCGUCGAAUGUUCGAGAUACAGCUGCAUCGUCGCUAAUCAUUCCUUGCGCACUGCUGUCUGCAAUCGCGCAUCCGACAGCGGCGCACCUGAAAGGCUCGGGGGGCUUGUUUUUGUCUCACAGCGGUUCAUUGCACCUCAAUCUGGAGCAUUGACUUUAUCUACUGGAAAAUCGUCCACCGUCACGAUGCCCGGGGUCACACUCAACAAUGAGGGCACCGGCGUGCCUCAGACGCCCGUUCCGCCUCCUGUCGUUCCAACCGCUCACAGAUCGAGUGGUGCCACAUCCAACAGCAUACCGGCGGCUGCGACAGCGAGGAUGUCGCAUACGCCAGUCCCAGUACCACCCGCUCGCAUCCCUCUUCCUCCACACCCACAACCGCAACCGCAACCACAACCGCACACACAGGCACAGGCGCAUGCACAGGCACCGGCACCGGCACCGGCGCAAACGACAGUUGCGACUGCACAACCUUCAAGAUCAACCUCGCGCUCCUCGCCGCCACCGCGUCCAAACGUCGAACCCUUGACACCGCCUCUCAACCCAGUACAGUUUCCUCCAGCGCGGCAGACAUUCAUGCACUCAUCCCAGCUGCCCCAAUCAGCGAUCCCGCCCCCACCGCCCGAACCUAUCGAGUUCGAAACCAACCCGGACGUGCUGGCGCUCAAGUCGGCCCUCUCGAUCCUCCAGAUGCAGGGCAUGCGGGCAAAGCGGGACAUGGUUACAUUCAAAGAUGCGAGGGAUGCGGCGCUCGAGCAGCCCGAGGCGUACCUUACGCAUCUGUUGGGCGAAGAGGCAAGGAAACAGGGAGCCAGGGUUGCAGAUCAACCAAGCAACGACAGUGACAGGGACAGUUCAUCGGGUGACGAGGAGAACAGCGAAGUGGAUGUGAAGAAAGGCUUGGAUGGGCAGGUUCAGAGCGACCCAAAUGGUAUGGACGUCGACCAGCCUUCGCAUACCGGGCCGAACCCAUGGGCCUCGCUGCCCACGCCGCAAAACAUAUAUCGUUGUCCGCCUAUCAACUGGGGCCAGUACGCAGUGGUUGGCGAGUCGCUUGACCGGAUACACAAAGAGGAGAUCGCGCGGCCGCCGCAGGGUGCUCCGGCUACUCUGGCGGCCGAUGGACGGUACGAGCCCGGCGUAGCUGGGGGACGGGAAGAACUGGUCGGCAUCGCGGCGCCGUAUAACCCAUUGAGAGACAGGAUCGACAAGAAGCCAAAAGGGUCGUCUCGCCAGUAA